CGAACAGAUUAUUUCUGUCUUUUUGGUCACACUGCAUGCAUGGCCGUUUGCCCUUCGGGCACCGCUGCCACAAGCAGAGAUGCCCUGCAAAUAUUCGAUCGAUGAUGGGAUGUCAAGUCCGCGAGUCAGCACGUGCAGCAUUUCAGCGCCAUUGCGUCGUUGGAUCAUCCAGACCAGGACCCUGAGGCUCGAACAUGCACCUGCAUUACGUGCAUAGAACAACCACACAACCACAUUGCACUACUUCCUCUGCCUCUCCCUGCACACCUUUCCGCUUACCCCACGAGAACCUGAGACAAUAUGGGAGACAUUGGAGUUUCGACAGGCAGUCCGACGACUUUGGACAUUACUGCACCUCCGCCGGACGAAUUAUGCAUGACAUUUACUGCUGCAGCUUCAGCUAGCAAUAGCUCCAAGAGCUUCGUAACACAAACGAAAGGACCAGAUCUUCUUGCUCUGCCACUUUCAGCGGGUAUUACAGUCUCAGGCGAACUGGUAGACGACCCCAGUACAAUCACAGCUCCAUUCCUGCCCGGCGAUAUCAUCCUCGCAUGUCUAAUCCCACCAAAACCAUGCCUCCUCUCCGCUCACGAAGGCUCGUUACGCCUACGAAUACCAACAAUUUCCGCUCUCGAAUUACCAGGUAGCAUGCUCCCCGAAACCGGUUGCGCCUACCUCACAGCCCUCAUGACCGGCGCCGCAAUCCUCAAAGAACAACUCCACAUCCCCAUCAUCCGAACGCCUACAGCUUCACCUACGCCCGCAGAAGACGGCGGAGUAGAAAGCUACAAUAACAAACGAAUACUCAUCGCAGGCGGCGAAACAGAUCUCGGAGCUGCUUUUGUGCAACUUUUACAUCGCGCUCUACCGGAUGCGAAGAUUUACAUUACUUGCACAGAAACCGAUUCUACUGCUCUAUUAUCUCAACGUUUGUUCCAUAUGAAAGGUCUCGGAGCUUCGAAUUCUGCGGAUGGUGAUGCGAGGGAUCUUACGGAUCGGCUUUCACCGAGUUUUGAUAUUAUUAUCAACGCCGUGAAAGACCAGGAGAUGCGAAAAGAUGUUAUGGAGCUUUUGGAUGGGAUGCAGAGAUUUGUCGAUUGUGGGACGUUGGAUGUAGAGAAGGCUGUUGGGAACUUUUUGGAAGAGGAGCCGGAUUGUGUUACUUCGCUGCAUGAGAUGUUGAUGCAGGCUGCUGGGGUGUUUGAGAUGGAGGGAGAGGAAGUUGUCGAGGGGGAGGUAGAAGCGAGAGAUGUGGUUGUUGAAGAGGAGAAAAAGCUGGGGCUGGAGAGAGAGGAUUCAGGGAAGGUUGUGGAUUGAACUACUGGAUAUGUCAACAUCUUUUGGCGUUUACGAGGUGGAAUCGGUCAUUGGCGUUUGAGCGGUUUGGUAACGAUAUGCUAAUGGUUCCGAUGAUGAUGAAGGAAUGGACGGCUCGACAGCACGAUACCCAUAGCAAUGAAAUGACAUGAAAUA